CUCCGGCAACUUGACAUGGCGGCAGCGGCGGCUACUGCGGCGACGAAGGGGAAUGGGGGCGGGGGGGUCCGGGCCGGGGCCGGGGAAGCUGGCGGCGCGCGGAAAAAGAAGGGUCCAGGGCCUCUGGCCACGGCGUAUCUGGUCAUCUACAAUGUGGUGAUGACGGCGGGGUGGCUGGUUAUAGCAGUUGGUCUGGUCAGAGCAUACCUGGCUAAGGGUAGCUAUCAUAGCCUUUAUUAUUCCAUUGAAAAGCCUUUGAAAUUCUUCCAAACUGGAGCCUUACUGGAGAUUUUACAUUGUGCAGUAGGAAUUGUUCCAUCUUCUGUUGUCCUGACUUCUUUCCAGGUGAUGUCAAGAGUUUUUCUGAUAUGGGCAGUAACACAUAGCGUCAAAGAGGCGUUAGGAAUGAGACAGAGAAGAUCCAUCUUGUCAAAAUCUGUUCAGUUCACUCAGUGGAAUUUCUUAGUCACAUCCAACUCUAACUGCCUGUUUUGGAUACAAGAAAACGUGCAGAGUGAAGACAGUGUCCUCCUGUUUGUUAUUGCCUGGACAAUCACAGAAAUUAUCCGUUACUCCUUUUAUACUUUCAGUCUAUUAAACCAUCUGCCUUACCUCAUCAAAUGGGCCAGGUACACACUUUUCAUUGUGCUGUACCCAAUGGGAGUGUCGGGAGAACUGCUCACAAUAUAUGCUGCUUUGCCCUUCGUCCGACAGGCUGGCCUAUACUCCAUCAGUCUACCUAACAAAUACAAUUUCUCCUUUGACUAUUAUGCAUUCCUAAUUCUGAUAAUGAUCUCCUACAUUCCAAUUUUUCCCCAGUUAUACUUCCACAUGAUACACCAGAGAAGAAAGGUCCUUUCUCAUACUGAAGAACACAAGAAAUUUGACUAGCUCCUGCUUCCUGCGCACCCCCAAAAAACUUUUCAAUGACAAAAAAUGCUGCAGACUUUUUGAGUUCCCAAUACGUUUCAUAGAAAGUAAGUAAGAACUAUUUUUAAAAUAUUAAAAAAAUAAAACAAAAACCCAAAUCCAGUGUCACACAGGCCUGGGAUUUUAUUUAAAACAACAGCAACAACAAACAACAACAACAAAAACUAGUACAUAAAACAUCCUGGCUGGUCCAUUUCAGCAUGCUCUUUCAACCAGAAGUUCCCAGUAUCUAUGAUGGCGCUGGAAAGAGAUUUGGUGUUUUAUAUCCUUCUGUUUCCUUCAUGUAUCUGAUAAGUAAAGAUCUGUAAUACUAAAUACUUGAGAGUUACAGUCUGAGUAAGGAAGUUGUACCAGCUGAAUGCCCAGCUUGCAGUAAGAGUUCUGUUCCAGUCUGCAGUGUUUUGCAUUCCCUUUUCAAAGUGCUUGACUGCAUGCUGGAAACUGUAUUUUUGAAGUGGCAAACUUUGUUCUCUGGAAUGUUAUGAAGUUAUGGCUGAGAUCUGUCUCCCCCUGUCUAAUGAAUGAAUUAUACCAUGUAUAUGUCCGUGAAGCUUUGGGGUAGUACCUGUAAUCUGAAAACAGCUAGAACCCUUUUGUUUGUUUUCAGUGGAGUCAUUACAGCCUGCCGCUAAGAAACGUGCUUGGAUUUAGUAAGUAUGUGUACAUCGUAGAGAACCUAUCUUAUCUAGGGCUCAGCCUCAAUCAUAUUUUAACACAGUGACAGUUCUCAGAAAGGGAAAGCUCAAUCGCCAGUAAAUGACAAGUACCUUUCACCGUGUCAUUCUCAGAACACCUCUGAGUAAUGUAUUUACCCAUAGCUAUUCUCACUUUUGGACCCAAAGCCAGGCUAGUCACGUAAGGGUUAGAGAAUCUGUAAUUGUGAAAGCACAUGGAAGGUGUUACUCUAGAAAUGUAGACCUGAAGAACAUUUAGGAAUAGGUUUCUAUACCCUUAUUACUUUAUUUUUAAAUUUCCUUCAACUCUUCAGUUAGGAUCCUUUUCCUAAUUACGGUCCUGUGUAAUCCCCACCACGCUGUAAGUCCAGAGGUGGUGAAGUGCUCCAGUCGGGCAGACAUGAGCUAAAAACAGUUCCCUCUCCCGUGUGUGGGAGCAGCCUAGAAAUACUUCGGUCAUGUGGACCGUGUCUAAUUGCCGUCAUGUUUUCAUACCAUUUAAUUGCUGAACUGUGCAUUUAAGACUCUUGAAGAAAGGGUUGAUGAAAAUGUAAAGCCCAAGUUCAGAUGUGCAUUAAAUUUUAAACACAGAAUGUUCUUUGUGGAUUCUUUUCUCCCCUUUUUCUUUUUAAAUCGUUGAUCUUUAAAAUUUUAAAGGCCUAGUUACUAGCUUACUGAGUAGUUAUUUAAAAUAUAAUUGCUAAUAUCAGAAGAGUGUCAUAAUGGAAAACUCAUUUUUUAAAUUAUUUUCAUAGAAGCCUGAUAAUGAAGAUGAAAAUGAGAAGAAAGUAUGGAGCCUAAAAAAAAAAAAAAGAAAGUAUGGAGCCUAAAAUUUAAUGCAGGCAGAUGUGUAAUAAAAUUGUUUUUGAAUUGAACAUUAAAAUUCUGCUUCUUUAAGUCAGCAGUCUUAACUUGGGCAUGUUGAGACUAGAAUCUGUUCUUGUACUUCAUAAACUAAAUAUAGAGGAAAGAUUAUUUUUCAUGGUUUUUUUCUUUUUCCAAAUGUAUUUCUGCUGUAAAAUAGAAACAAUUUGAGUUAUAUUAGUCUUAAUUACUUAGUUUGGGUAAGAUUUUUUUCAGUCGUUUCUGGAAUAGUUAUAGAAGAUAGGGUGAAAAAUAUAGGUUUUCCAGGAUCGCUGGAUUGGGGGUUUUAUUCAGGUCUCUCUGUUAUAAUUUGUCACUAUUUAUGAAAAAUAGUCUGUCGCAAACAGUGGUGUUGCAUCAAAUUGAGCUUUGGCAGCAAGAACACAGCAAGCAACUCCCUCCUCAAAAAGGGUCUCCACCCCACUGUGUAUUUUUGUCCAUCGACAUUUAAGAUGCUCGUGGCAGAUAACUAAGGCAUGCACUCGGCCAUGUCCUUCAUUCACCUCUCUCGGUAACUGGUUGCUUUAUCUCUGACACGAAUUAAUUUCUCCUUUGAAGUGAUGGUGUUCUAUGAAUUGGAGAACAUCUAACCCCACCAACUGUCACAUCUUAUAAAGUGUGAAUGAGGAAGGCGGUGUUUGGUGGGUAUUUUGUCAGACUUCCCAUUUUCAUUUUAGGACAUAGUCAAAGGCAUCAUCUGCCCCGCCGCCCGCCUGGUUGGGUGUUUCAGAUUCCCCCCUUCGGGACCACCUUCCAGCAGAGAAUUCUUUGAGGUACGCAGUAGUGCUUUGUAGACACAAGCUGCUAAUCUGCAUCUUGCUGUGUUCUGUUUGCUCAGGUUGGGAUCACUCAUUUAACACAUAUCAUUAUCAAAGGCACCAGGGAGAGUUAGUCAUGGAAUAAAGCAGUGUCCUUCCAGAUAAAAUCCGUUCCUCUGAAGUGAACUUCCCACAGAAAGGGUUUAGAAGAACUAGAGGUAAAGAGGCAUAUGAAGAUGGUGUCCUCAUCUCUACUGGUUUGUUUGGAUUAUUCAUUUAUAACAAAAGAUCGGCACUGAUGUGGUACAACCUGCAAAUUACUUUCAGUUCGGAGUUUCUAGAUAAAACAUUAUAAAACAUCAGUAUCAGUACAUACUGCUCCUUUGAAAUUUGGGUAAAAAAUUAUACAACCAUAUAUAUAGUCCAUUUUUGUAUUUUUUCUAUGUUGUGAAAACCAAAAUUGUAAUUUUAUAAGUCUUUGAUUCACUAAAAUUAUAUAAUUUAAAUGUAUUUUUUGUAUAUUUAGAAAUAAGGAGUUCAAAGGCUAUGCCUAACUUUCUAUGCAUGCAUUUGAAGCUGUUUUUACCUGAUAAUGUUAAUGUAGUAAUAAGUUGUAUUCAUAAAAUACUGAUCUGUGUUGCAUUUCAAAAUAAACUGGUGUGUGCUCUGCCUGGAUUUGAAA